UGUCAGUUUCACAUCAUAAAUUACUGGUACUAAGUGAGAUGUGUUCAUCUGACAGUUGAGCAAGAGGAUGCACAGACCUCAGACUGAUGAUGAUGAUGAUGAUGAUGAUGAUGAUGAUGAUGAUGAUGAUGUGGAUCACAGUCGUUUCUACACAGAACAGUGAUGUCUCUCAGCCUGACCCAUGGAUCUCUGCUGGUGUUGGUGAGAACGUGACUCUGAGCUGCUUUAAGUUGAACGACAAUAACCCUGGAUCUGUCGUUUGGUACAAACACAAAGUCGGACACGAGCCUCGCAUAAUAGUCGCAGUUCAACACGAACCCCUUUAUGAAAAUGAGUUCAAACCACCAAAAUUCAGCAUCGAGAAUGACAAAAAAAGCUGCCAUUUAAAAAUAACUAACGUGGAACCAUCAGAUGAAGCCGUGUAUUACUGUGGAUACAGAAAAUUUUUAACGAGGUUUGGAAACGGAACAUUUUUAUCAGUCAAAGAUACUGAACAUGUAAAAGUGAGGGUGUGGCAACACAGCACGAGGGACUCGGUUCCUGCAGGAGCCUCAGUGACUCUGCAGUGCUCGGUUCUCUCUGAGAGCAGAGCAGCAGAACUCCAAGUGCUCUGGUUCAGAGCUGCUCCACCACAAUCCCAUCCUCAAAUCAUUUACACUCAUCAUGACAGCAGCCGUCAGUGUGAGAUCGACUCUUCUACACACACCUGUGUGUACAACUUCUCCAAGAACAUCCUCAGCCUCAAUGAUACUGGAACUUACUACUGCGCUGUGCUCCUGUGUGGGAAGAUCAUCUUCGGGAACGGGACAUCAGUACAGAUGGUAUCUACGGAGGGAUCUGAUGCUGUAGUGAUCUGCCUUGCUGUAGCGUUAACUGUGUGUGUGGUGGUGAUUUUUGCUCAACUGAUUUUAAAGCGUAAAAAACAAAAGAAUGAAAAACACCGAGUGAGACUUCCACGAGGUUCAGUGAAGGAGGAAACACACAAUGAGGGCCGUGAUGCCGUGGAGCUGAAUUACGCUGCCCUGAGUUUCACCGAGAGGAAAACUAAAAGAGGAAGAAAAAAAAAACGACAAAAUCAAGACACGGUUUAUUCUGAAGUGAUUAAAUUGCCUCGUAAUUAGAUUUUCUAUAAUUGUAGUUUUUCUAAAUAAAAGAUGUCAGUCUGUUCAUUGUCACUGUUUACGCAUGUUAAUGACAUAUAAGUGUUAAUGCAUUGUAAUCAUUAAUGUUAAUAAUAAGAGUGUGCAGUAAUUAAUAUCAUUAAUUAUAUUAAAAUCAAUGUUUUUUUUUAAAUAUGUAGCAUUCAGAUAAUUAUGAUCAAAAUCUUGCUCUCCGUAAGCACAAUAUAAUAGAAAAUACAAAAAUGUAUUGUCUCAAUGUAACUUGUACACAUUGGAGUGCAACUAUACAUGACACGUGACUAUAUAAAGCAUAAACACACAAUAAAGUGUAUAUGAACUACACAACAGAGUAAACCUCA